AUGGCGGAUAACAAUGCACCACCUGAGAACCAUGAUUCCUCUGUUGAUGCUAAUGUACCUUCUGAGAAUGAAAACGAAGUAUCAAUCGAUGCUUUAGCACGGAAGGUCCAAGAGUCUCUCUCCCAUGCGAAAAAGCACAAGUUUUGGGAAACCCAACCCGUUGGCCAGUUCAAGGAUCUUGGUGAUUCAAGUCUACCUGAAGGCCCAAUUGAGCAACCGACACCCCUGUCUGAAGUCAAACAAGAGCCUUAUAAUCUUCCGACUCCUUAUGAGUGGAUUACUUGUGAUAUGGACUCAGACGAGAUGUCUAACGAGGUGUAUGCUCUCUUGACCAAUAAUUAUGUUGAGGAUGAUGAGAGCAUGUUCAGAUUCAAUUAUUCGAAGGAGUUUCUUCUUUGGGCACUUCGCCCUCCGGGUUAUUAUAGGAGUUGGCACAUUGGAGUGAGGGUCAAGAGUUCAAAAAAAUUGGUUGCUUUCAUUACUGGGGUCCCUGCAAAAAUCAGGGUCCGUGACACUGUUGUUGUCAUGGCAGAGGUAAAUUUUCUGUGUGUCCAUAAGAAACUCAGGUCGAAAAGACUUGCUCCAGUCAUGAUUAAAGAGGUCACCCGGAGGGUUCAUUUGGAGAAUAUCUGGCAAGCAGCUUAUACUGCUGGGGUCGUUCUUCCUACGCCUAUAACUACUUGUCAAUAUUGGCAUAGAUCAUUAAAUCCUAAGAAACUCAUCGAUGUUGGAUUUUCUAGGCUUGGUGCAAGGAUGACAAUGAGCCGGACCAUAAAGUUGUACAAGUUACCAGAUCAAACUGCAACUCCUGGGUUUCGAAAGAUGGAACCCCAUGAUGUUCCUGCAGUUACUCGUUUGCUUAGAAAUUACUUGAAGUUGUUUGUUGUUGCACCCGAUUUUGAUGAGGAUGAUGUAGAGCACUGGCUGCUCCCAAAAGAGAAUGUUGUGGAUAGUUAUUUGGUAGAAAGCCCCGAUACUCAUGAAAUCACAGACUUCUGCAGUUUUUACACCCUCCCGUCUUCUAUACUCGGUAACCAAAACCAUUCUACUUUAAAGGCUGCUUAUUCUUAUUACAAUGUGUCGACAAAGACUCCAUUGCUUCAGUUGAUGAAUGAUGCUCUUAUUGUGGCGAAGAAGAAUGAUUUUGAUGUUUUCAAUGCUUUGGAUGUUAUGCAUAACGAGACUUUCUUGAAGGAGCUUAAGUUUGGUCCAGGAGACGGAAAACUCCACUACUAUCUCUACAACUAUCGCCUAAAGCAUGUUUUGAGAUCAUCAGAACUCGGGCUCGUGCUCUUAUAA